CCCCGGCCACGUCGCGCGUCGCGCGCCGCGCAUGCCUGGAGCAAGUGAGGAGGGAUGGCCGAGCGUGCCGGCCCCACGGCUCCGCUCUGCUCCGAGCAGUUCGGCUCCCGGGCGGCCCGAGGCUGCUGCGCCGCUGCGGACGGGCGCCUGCAGUGGGAGGCCUGGGGGGGGCUCUCCGGGGCCUUUGAAGUGAAGCCCGAAGGGCGAGAUGGGGGCGCAGGGGGUCCGCCGGGGCCCGCCUCACCGCUGGCCUCCCGGCUGCUGACCGUCUUCCUGCCCCAGGGCUUCCCGGAGAGCGUCAGCCCGGACUACCUGCCCUACCAGCUGUGGGAUUCCGUGCAGGCCUUCGCCUCCAGUCUCUCGGGCUCCCUGGCCACCCACGCGGUCCUCCUGGGCAUCGGGGUGGGGGACGCGCAAGCCUCCGUUUCCGCUGCCACAGCCACCUGGCUGGUGAAAGACUCAAUGGGCAUGCUGGGCCGCAUCGUCUUUGCCUGGUGGAAGGGGAGCAAGCUGGACUGUAAUGCCAAGCAGUGGAGGCUUUUUGCCGACAUCCUCAACGACGCAGCCAUGUUCCUGGAGAUUAUGGCGCCCAUGUACCCGAUCAGUUUCACUGUGAUCAUUUGCAUCAGCAACCUGGCCAAGUGCAUUGUGAGCGUGGCUGGCGGGGCCACUCGGGCUGCACUGACCAUGCACCAGGCCCGGAGAAACAACAUGGCCGACGUGUCAGCCAAGGACAGCAGCCAGGAGACGCUGGUGAACCUGGCAGGGCUCCUCAUUAGCCUCUUGUUGCUUCCCCUGGUGUCGGAUUGCCCCAGCUUCAGCCUCGGCUGUUUCUUCCUCCUCACUGCCCUCCACAUCUACGCCAACUACCGGGCAGUCCGAGCCCUUGUUAUAGAGACCUUGAAUGAAGGCCGGCUCUGGCUGGUUCUGAAGCACUUCCUUCAGAGGGGGGAGGUACUAGACCCCACUUCAGCCAAUCAGAUGGAGCCACUGUGGACAGGUUUCUGGCAGUGUCUGUCUCUCUCCCUGGGGGUCCCCCUACAUCGCUUGAUCUCCAGUGUCUCUGAGCUGCAGCAGCUGGUGGACGGGCACCAAGAACCCUACCUUCUCCAUUGGGACCAGCCGCAAAACCAGGUGCAGGUGGUUCUGAGCCACAAGGCUGGCCCUGAGACCGUCCUGAGGGCAGCCACACACGGGCUGGUGCUUGGAGCCCUGCAGGGAGAGGGGCCGCUCCCAGCAGAGCUGGAGAAACUGAGGCACCGAGUACGAGCAGGUCCUGAGAAAGAGAGCUGGGUCGUCGUCAAGGAGACACACCAAGUGUUGGACAAGCUAUUCCCAAAGUUCUUGAAAGGACUGCAGGACGCGGGCUGGAAGACUGAGAAGCACCAGCUGGAAGUGGAUGAGUGGAGGGCCACGUGGCUCCCAUCUCCAGAGAAGAAGGUCUUGUGAGCAGCUGACGGAGGCCAGG